CAUAAAGGCAUUUUCUCUAGGACCUUCCAAUCCUCUUCUCAACAUUACAUCUAUUGAAAGACUUCAUCUUAAUUCUUUUGUUCAUCCAUGGUUGGAAUCCACUUUAUGGAAUGUUGCGCGUGUAAAUUAUGAAUUUCACCAAAUUCAUUUCCACAGUAAUUUAAAACGUGAAUAUGCAUAUGGUAUUGGAAGGAUGGCGGGACCAGAUAAAUACCAAUUAGUAUAUGUCGAAGGAUCCAAGCCAGAUGCAAAAGAUGAAAAGAAAUGGCGACUUUGA